AUGAGCAUCGAAUCAAAGGUUUUCUACAGUUUUUCUAAAGACUGUGACAAAUUCCUCUUAGCCCACUAGGACAAUAAAGCAUCUCUUUGGAAUUGUUUGAAUGGCACAGAAUAGAAGAUAUUGUUAUAAAAAGAAUUUUUGAACACAUAAAUCGAAUCUUUGGAUUUGGCCAAGAAAAAAGGAUUAGAAAUUGUUGUCUUUGCAAAUAAUUAGGGUAAAAUUCUUCUUUACAAUGUAAAGAACCAAGAAUAAAGUGUCCUUGCUAAGUCCCACACAGGAAGUGUAUUCGAUAUCAAAUUCAAUGAAGAUUCCACUCAUUUUUACACUAUUUCUUCUGAUAAGAAGCUCUUCAAGUACGACCUUCAAUUAAAAGAUGUUACAUAUGUUAAAGAAAUUAAAAGAAAAAAUUUAUUGGAAAGUGGUGUCUUAGCUCCUGUGAAAGAUAAUGUUUUAUUUGCAUAUGAAAAUAAGCUUACAUUGUUAGAUACAGUCAGCGAUAGCGAAAUCUUAAAAUAUAAAGGACACAGUAAAAAUAUUAAAAUGAUUAGAGUAGCUAAAAACAAUACCCACUUUGCUUCCUUUUCUGAUGAAGGCUUUAUUAAUAUAUACAAUAUCAAGGAAGAAAAACCUGUCCAUUCAGUUAACAUUUUAUCCAAGUCAAACUUAAUAAACUUUGUCUUUGAGAAUACCUCAAAGAAUAGUUUUACUAUUAUUGCUCUUCACCACGAUUUUAUUGAAACUUGGGAAUUCACUAUUUCUAAGCAAUAAGAUGAAACCAAAGUUACUUAAAAUUCUAAUAAAUCUAUAAAGUUGACUCAAACUAAUAUUCUCUAUAUUGCUCACUCUCCUAUUAAAACAUCUACCAUAUCAGUUGCAUAUGGAAACAAUGUUAGUGUUUAAUUCUAAAAUGUUAAAGCUUUUACUGACAACAAGUUCGACUUUGAAGAAUUUAAAAAAAGCAUCCUUACUAUUAACGCAAAGAAGGAAGUUAAAGUUAGCAAACAAGCUGAAAUCGAUAAUAAAGAAAAGGAAGUUUAUGUACUUAAUGAGAAAGACUAAACUGAAACCAAAAACCUUAAUGGUAUGGAGACUGAAGAAGACAAAUAAGCCAACAAUGAAACUAUUUUAGAAUAUGUUAAAAAGGUUGAUACAAACAAUGAAUCUAAAAUCCCUGAAAUAAACUCUGUCUAGUCAUUGGCUGUCGUCUUAUUACAAGCUCUUUAAAACAAUGACACUUAAUUAAUUGAUUUCUGCUUAGAAAAAGAUAAUGAGGAUUUAAUUGAUUAAACUGUUAGAGGUAUGAUCAGCACUAAAGUUAUAAUCCUUAUAGACAAAUUAUAUGAAAGAUUAAACAGUUUACCAUAUAAAGGAAGAAAUUUAGGCAGAUGGUUAAAAGCUAUUCUCAAAUACCAUUCUACUAUUUUAAUUACUUCUCCUUCUGUUCAUGUUAAGCUCUAACCUUUGAUGGUUUUAAUUGAAAAUAGAACUAAAAAUAUUGAUAAAUUGAUUGGUCUCAGAGGUAAAAUCGAUAUGGUAUUAGCUUUAAGACGUUAGACUAAAGUCGAAUAAGAAGCUACUAACGCCACUUCUACUGAUGAAGCUAAGAGAAAGCCUCUCGUUGUAUAUGAAGAAGGUGAUAAUACAAUUGAAGAAGAAGAUAAAAGAAAGAUUUUAUAAAAGCCUAAGUCUAAAAAGAAUUCUAAAAAAUCAAAGGAAGAAGAAUUUAGCGAUAGUGUCAGUGAAAGCGACAGUGAAAGUGAAGAAGAAGGUUAAGAUAACGACGACAUUAUGGGUUCAGAAGAAAGUGAUGUCGACUAAGACUUUGACAAUGCAGCCAAAUAACACAUCAAAGAAAGAUAAGAAAAAUAUAAAAAUAUCAACUUCGAUGAAGAUGAUGAUGAUGACAUCGAUAUGGAAGAAGAUAGUGAUUUUAUUGAAAUGUGA